AUGGGGGACAUAGAAGGAACAUAUCGUGUGCUGCAGACUCCAGGUGCCCGCCUGGGAGCAGAAAGAAGCACUGGCAUUAGCACACUGGAACCAGGACAGAACCUCAGCACAGCUCUAUCAUCUUCUCCUUCCAAGAACAUCAACCAAAAUCUUUCUUCGUCUGUAUUGCUGCUGGAUGGUACAGAACUACCAGUGGAAAUUGGGCCAAAGACUGUGGGCCAGGCAUUGUUGAGCCAACUGUUCAUGCAUCUGAAUGUGGUGGAGACAGAUUAUUUUGGCAUUGAGUUCCAGACAGCACAGUCACAGUGGGUGUGGUUGGAGCCUCUAAAAUUUGUGUGCAAGCAGCUGCGCAAACCGAAAAAACUCUAAAAUGCGUCUGGCUGUAAAGUUUUUUCCCCCUGACCCUGGUCAGCUGCAGGAGGAGUACACAAGGUACCUUUUUGCUAUGCAGAUCAAGAGGGACCUUGCAGAGGAGAGGCUUGUGUGCAGUGAUAAUACUACGGCUCUACUUAUUUCUCUUCUCUUGCAGUCUGAGGUUGGGGAUUACGAUCAGAAAGUGGAUCUGGAGAAUCUAAAAAAACACUCACUAUGUACAGAGACAGCACAGUCUGGAAGAGCGGAUAUUGCAAUACCACCACGAGCACAUUGGCAUGUCUCCAGCUGAUGCUGAUUUUCAGAUUCUGGAGAUUUCUAGAAGACUUGACCUGUAUGGAACCCGCUUCCACCUUGCAUCUGACCGGGAAGGUGCCAAAAUUAAUUUGUCAGUCUCUCAUAUGGGUAUACUGGUUUUUCAGGGUAACACAAAAAUUAAUACAUUUAACUGGUCAAAAAUACGGAAGUUAAGCUUCAAAAGACGACGUUUCCUAAUAAAGUUACACCCGGAGGUCCAUGGACCCUAUCAGGAUGCCCUAGAGUUCCUUCUCCCUAGCCGGGAUAUGUGUAAGAGGUUCUGGAAAAUAUGUGUUGAGUAUCACAGCUUCUUUCGACUCCAGGAUCAGCCUAAGCCAAAAUCCAAGCCAGUUCUUCUAAGCCGGGGUUCCUCGUUUCGGUACAGCGGUCGAACACAGAAGCAACUGAUGGACUAUGUACGAGACACCAGCAUCAAAAGGCCACCAUAUGACAGGAGACACAGCAAACCCAGAGUGUCCCCUUGCAAUGUGACUCCUGACUCUCCAAAGCAGAUCAUCACUUUCACUGAGAGUUUGAAGACUCCUCCAUUGCCUUCUCCUCUUACCCUGCCUCCUCAACCUGUAUCCAACCCCCCUACCUCCUUUCCACAGAAAAGCAUUACCAGAGUUGAAAAUAUUCCAGCUUCUCCAUGGAAAGAAGAACCCACCAGAAUACCAGAGACCACGGGGCUGCCAGUUCAAUCGCCAUUACAAGGUCUUUCAUCCCACCCUAUCCCUUCUUUUCACAGUAGACAGGAUUCCAUAGAAAUCCUGGAUUCAGAAAAUGCUCACCACAGUGAAGAUGUCAGGUUGUGGGUAACAGGUGUUCCUGAUUCUCUUCUGCUUACUGAAGAGUUUAUAGAUGAUGAUCCAGCUGACAUCUCCUUCAGUGGAGGAGCAGAGGUGUAUAAUUAUGGGGGAAGAAUGGUGGCAUCUGACCAUGAGGACAUUCCACCAGAAGAGUAUUAUCUGGAUGAUGUGGAUAUAAGAGAUUUCAAUGGCAAUACAAGGCCAACAGAUGCUAGUGAAUUAUUUCAG